CCUGUCCUGGUGACUUCAUGCUGUUCAUUAAUCUUGAAUUAUAUUUAGCUUCUCAUUUCAUAAAAUUUUUUUCAUUAUGCUCCAUUCCUAUCUCCCUUUUCCUGCUGACCUCAUGGCGACUCUGUCCUGCUGACCUCAUGGCGACCCUGUCCUGCUGACCUCAUGGCGACCCUGUCCUGCUGACCUCAUGGCGACCCUGUCCUGCUGACCUCAUGGCGACCCUGUCCUGCUGACCUUAUGGCGACCCUGUCCUGCUGACCUCAUGGCGACCCUGUCCUGCUGACCUCAUGGCGACCCUGUCCUGCUGACCACAUGGCGACCCUGUCCUGCUGGCCUCAUGGCGACCCUGUCCUCCUAAUCUCAUGGUGACCCUGUCCUGCUGACCCCAUGGCGACCCUCUCCUACUGACUACUGGUCCAGCAACUCCGUUUUUUUUUUUAAUUCCGUUCUGUCAACCUCGUCACGGUGACCUUCGUCGUGGUGACCUGGUGCACGACAGACGUGAGCGUGGAACGACAGGACAGCACUACCGACUAUGCAGCAGAUAACUCUUCAGCGGAACAGUCGUCUACGGGGACACCGCUGAACAUGUCACCUCGACGCGGCCAUCCGUUCCUCACAGCAAGACAUGACACCAGUGGGGUAGUCAUCACCACUGGAGGUGAGUCUGGGGACCAAGGUAGCGUGCCCAGCGGUGUCCUGCCCGGCAGUUUAACGCCGUCCAUGCCCCUCAGGGUACGUCAGCACGACGCUCGGUCACACAGCCUGGGCCUGGCCUGCUCUGAGAGUGAGACCUCGCAACCCAACCAGGCGUCUAGCAGCGCGACCGUGUGUGAAGUCUGGUCACAAGAGGACCCAGCUGUGGUGCGCCAGCGAGCACUUCGACAACACUCCUUCUUCCAGUUGCACGUCCACCUGAAGCGUGGGGAGGAUCUGGUGGCCCGGGACGCCUGCGGUAAGCUCCUCCUCACCCAGUACUCAUCCUACCAGUCAGGAGACACCGCCAGAGCAGGCACCAGUGAUCCUUACGUCAAGUUCAAAGUGCAGGGAAAACUGGUGUACAAGUCGAAGACAGUGUACAAGGACCUCAACCCGAGCUGGGACGAGAGCUUCACCGUCGCUAUUGAGGACCCCUUCGAACCUGUUAUGGUUAAGGUGUUCGACUACGAUUGGGGUCUACAGGACGACUUCAUGGGCCUCGCCUCCAUAGACCUCACUACCCUCGAGCUGGACAAGCCCCAGGACGUGGUGUUAGCGCUCUCAGAGGCUGGUAAAUCCACUUACAUGGGACUCCUCCACCUAGGCCUCACACUCCAGCCCAAAACACAAGAGGAAAAGGAGCAGUACCUUCAACGUGGUGGAUCACGGUUAGCAGAGCAGCAGAGGCGUUUAAAGAGUCAAAUAUGGAGCUCUGUAGUAACUAUUGUCCUUGUGGAGGGUAAAAAUCUUCUCCCAAUGGAUCCAGACGGUACCUCAGAUCCCUAUGUUAAGUUUCGGCUUGGGAAUGAGAAAUACAAAAGUAAAAUUGAGCUGCACACACUGAGUCCCAAGUGGUUGGAGCAGUUUGACUUUCAUCUUUUUGAAGAUCAGAGCCAGAUCUUGGAGAUCACUGUCUGGGAUAAAGAUGUUCGAAGUAAAGAUGAUUUUAUGGGCAAGUGUAGCGUAGACAUAUCGCAAUACGAGCGUGAAAUAACACAUCACAUAUGGGUGGAUUUGGACAAGGGAGCUGGGUCAUUAUUCCUCCUACUUACUAUAUCUGGCACAACUUCCUCAGAAACUAUAUCGGACCUUCACAGCUAUCAAGAAAAUCCAAAGGAGCUAGAGAAUAUAUCAAAUAAAUACAAAUUAUCAAGAACUCUUCACAAUCUUAAAGACAUUGGCCAUCUCAGAGUGAAGAUUUUCAAAGCACAGGGAUUAGCUGCAGCUGACAUAGGAGGCAAGAGUGAUCCCUUCUGUGUCUUAGAGCUUAUUAAUGCCAGACUUCAAACUCAGACAGAGUAUAAAACGCUCUCACCAACUUGGAACAAGAUAUUUAGCUUUAAUGUCAAGGACAUCCACAGUAUACUAGAGGUGACUGUAUAUGAUGAAGACCGAGAUCAUAAGGUGGAGUUUCUAGGCAAAGUUGCAAUCCCACUUCUGAAGAUUAAGAAUGGCGAGAAAAAAUGGUAUGCCUUAAAGGAUAAGAAACUCAGAGCAAGAGCCAAAGGAAAUAACCCAGAGAUCCUCUUAGAGUGUUCUGUAGAGUGGAACCCAAUUCGAGCUGCUAUCAGAACUUUUACACCUAAAGAAGAAAAGUACAUGCAGAUGGAGCAGAAAUUUAAACGUCAAGUGUUCAUUACAAAUGUAAACCGCCUUAAGGCAUGCAUCAUGGAUGUCUAUGAAAUGGGAAUGUUUGUCAAGUCUUGCUUUGAGUGGGAGUAUCCAGUCAGAAGUACUAUAGCCUUCAUUGUGUUCAUGGUUGGAACGUACUGCUUUGAACCAUACAUGAUUCCUAUCAUCUUGUUAAUCCUGUACCUCCGAAAUUAUAUUAUACUCUCAAUAGUUGGCACUAUGAUGCACAGAGAAGAAGAUAAUGAUUACUCUGCGGAUGAAGAUGAGGCUGAUGAUGAUGACAAGGAUAAGAGUGGGAAUCCAGAGGAAGAAAAGAAAACCUUGAAAGAGAGAUUGCAAGUUAUACAAGAAGUAACAGCUACAGUUCAGAAUGCAAUAGGAUUCAUAGCAUCCAUUUGUGAGAGCUGCAAAAAUACAUUCAACUUCUCGGUGCCAUUCUUAUCAUGGUUGUUGAUCUUGGUGCUGUUGGUGGGGAUAGUGAUACUGUAUUACAUCCCCAUCCGCUACUUGGUUAUGUUGUGGGGAGUCAACAAGUUCUCACGCAAGUUGAUCCGCCCACACUCCGUGAUUAACAACGAAAUAUUAGACUUCUUAUCUAGAGUACCAGAUGAUGAAAUAUUGCGUGACUGUCGUGAAUUGCGUCCAGUGCCCCAGUCUCACGAUGAAAAGAGAAGAGAGCAUCGGAAAAAGAAGAUGAAUUAACACCCUGUAUCAGGGAUGCAUAUACAUACCAGGGUUUCAUAAUUACCCUUUCACUUCUGAGGCUCUCAAGGGUGUCUUGUGUAACAAAAUACUAUUACUGUACAUUCAUGGAGGGAGUGCUAAACCUGUAGAGGUUAUACAGCACCCUCACUAGCAUAAAGAAAUCUUCCUGAGGAAUGAAUAACACUUAAAUUUAAUGUAAUUCUGUAUACAGUAGACAACCACCUUUCGCGCCAGUUAGGUUCCGGAAAAACAAAGCUAUAUGUGUAAAUGUGAUGGUUGGGGGUGAAAAACUUGUGGGAAAAAUUGGGUUAUGUGCCAUGACACCUCAAAAAGAGAAGCCAUACAAGUUUUUCAAUCCUUAAUUCUUUCAUUGGCCAUGCAGUAGUACUACAGCUGUGAGGUCAUUGUCCGUGCCAGAGUACUUUGCCAUGAGCUCAGCUCACUCAGAUAAGCUGUGGGGUCAGUUUGGGCCUAGUUAUGAGAGAAUGGGUCUGUGCACUAAGUGUGCACCACAUAAAAAAUCCUGCAGCAUGCAGUACAUAACGAGAAAAAACUGCAAACGUGCUUUUGGUUUAAUACCCUUUACCAGGCCUGGAGAGGGGUGAUCACCCUUUUCCACUCCUGGUAAAGGGUUAAAACAGUAACUUUGUGGUGUAUUUUUGUAUGGUUUUAAUGGUUGUAUUCUCGGUUUUUUGGUUUCAUUUGAUGGAAUGGAAGAUAUAUUACAGAAAUACAGAUGAUUUUGAUUGGUUUCAGGACUGAAAAUAGCUUGAAACUGAGCUCAAAAUGGUGGAAAUGUUCGAUUUUUGCCGAUAUUCAAGAGUAAACAAAUCACGUCACUCGUCCAGUACACAUCCAACUGGUGGGUCUGUAUGCAUUCAUGAAUGCGCUGUUAUUAUUUAUACAAUAAUUGUAAUGUCUCAUAACAAUAAAUCUUUAAUUUUUUGUGUGAAUAAAAAGUCAAAAUGGAAUUUAUGUGUAAAGCCUGGAAUGUAAUUAAUGAACAGAGGACAUGUUAUUUUAGUGCCAGGAAUGCCUGCAUUGUUUAUUCUGAACUCUGUUUUGACACUGGAAUAUUUUGAAAUUUGUGUGAAAUUGGCCAAAUUACCAAUUUCUGAUCACUUUAUUGCAUAGUUGAGAUAGUUGAUUGGGUGAUUUCUUGUGCUCACUCAAUAAAAUGGAAGACAUACUACCAAAAUAGCUAAGAAUUUGGCCAACUGGAACAAUGUAAUUGGCUUAAAAUAAGACUCAAAUUUGGCAAAAUCGCCAAUAUGUAAAUAUCACUGACACAGCAAAAUUUGUGAAAGCGUAAUUUUGUCAGUUUUCCAUCAAAUUUUGUAUUUUUUGUUUUAUUACCAUCAGAAAAAUAUUCUCUACCAUUUUGUAAGAAAAAAAAUUGAAAAUUCUUGGACAAUGUGGACAGGUUUCGGAUUAAAAAUAUUAAUAUUGUACUAUUUUUUGACAAUCUACUUUGCAGAUGUUGUUUCUUGAUCUAAAAAUGUGGUUAUAGCGAGGUUUAGACCUCAUACAUGUACAGUAUACAAUUUGACUUAGAUGAGUUAUCCAAGAUUAAAUUUGCAUAAUGUACUUUUUAUGUUCCCAUAACAUGUCAGGACCAUUGUGAAAAAAAAAUUGUAUAUGUAACCAAAACCUAAAUAAAAAACUUGUUAAAUAAACCUAAGUAAAACUCUAGGGAAAUGUGUGUUUGACACAGUUAACAUGUAUUCCAUAGAAAGUUGGCAUGCACUCCUUCCAUAGAAAAUGGACAAUUCCUAGGGCUAUUAUUUCUUCACGUAGUUUUCUUGUUUUUUACACAAAUAACCCACACAUAGGUGAAUGAAAUGUCUGACAACGUUUCAGUCCCACUUGGACCAUUAACUAGUUAAUUGUCCGAGUCAGACUGAAACAUAAUCUUAAGUUUCAUUCUCCUGUGUGCAGGUUAUUUGUGAAUUGUUCCAGUCAUAGUAUUGUGCCUUUUUAUUCCUUUCCUGUUUUUCUUUUAAAAUCACUGACUUAACUUUUAUUCCUCUUAGUGCCUCCAGUAUUGCUAGUAUGUCUUUUUUUAUUAUGCCAUGGUUAAUAUCCAGAGACAAGAUAGUGAUAAAAAGAAACCAGAGUGAACAAAAGAGUAGACUGGUGGAGUAGCAGCAGCAUGGGGCUAUGAGUGAAUGAGGCAGCCUGCCUCUUCUCCUCCCUCCCUCCCUCCC